AUUACAGAAUUAGAGGUAUGGAUCUUUGGCAUCUGCUGUUUGCUUUGGCACUGGUCUGUGCAAAUGACUCACUUUCUGCAAGCGAUGACCUUUUGCAGUGGCCACAAAUCAGCAAGUGCAGAUCACCUGAACUGGAGACAUUUUCAUGUUAUUGGACUGACGGAAGCUUUUAUAACCUCACCGCUCCAGGAACAAUACAGCUAUUGUACAUGAAAAGGAAUGAUGAAGACUGGAAAGAAUGCCCUGAUUAUAUCACUGCAGGAGAAAAUAGCUGUUAUUUCAACACAUCCUACACCUCUAUUUGGAUACCAUAUUGCGUUAAGCUUGCCAAUAAAGAUGAAGUAUUUGAUGAAAAAUGUUUCAGCGUUGAUGAAAUAGUACUACCUGAUCCCCCUGUCCACCUUAACUGGACUCUGCUAAAUACUAGUCAGACUGGGAUCCAUGGGGAUAUCCAGGUAAGAUGGGAUCCACCACCAACUGCAGAUGUUCAGAAAGGAUGGAUUACUCUGGAGUAUGAAUUGCAGUACAAAGAAGUUAAUGAGACAAAAUGGAAGGAGUUAGAACCCAGGCUGUCAACAAUGGUUCCACUGUACUCUCUAAAGAUUGGAAGAGAUUAUGAGAUACGAGUCCGAUCAAGACAACGUACCUCCGAAAAAUUUGGGGAGUUCAGUGAAAUCCUUUUUGUAUCUUUUUCUCAAGCAGGCCUUGAACUUGUUCAUUGUGCUGAAGAAAUUGAGUUUCCAUGGUUCUUAGUUGUUAUCUUUGGAACAUGUGGGCUGGCCGUAACAGCGAUCUUGAUCCUGCUGUCUAAACAACCAAGGUUAAAAAUGCUUAUUUUUCCUCCUGUGCCAGUUCCAAAGAUCAAAGGGAUUGACCCAGACCUCUUGAAGAAAGGAAAGCUAGAUGAAGUGAACUCCAUCUUAGCCAGCCAUGACAACUACAAGAUACAGCUUUACAAUGACGACUUGUGGGUUGAGUUUAUUGAGUUGGACAUAGAAGAUCCUGAUGAAAAGAAUAGAGCCUCAGAUACCGACAGGCUCCUGAGUGAAGAUCAUCUGAAAUCACACAGUUGCUUGGGAGCAAAGGAUGAUGAUUCUGGACGGGCCAGUUGUUGUGAACCAGAUAUUCCGGAGACAGACUUCAGUGCAAGCGACACGUGUGAUGCCAUCUCUGAUAUUGAUCAGUUCAAAAAGGUAACUGAAAAAGAAGAGGAUCUCUUGUGCCUUGAUAGAAAAGAUGAGUCAUUUGCAAGCCUUGCCGACACAGGCAUCCAACAUCUGCAUAGGAGUGCCCAGUCUGAAAAUAGCCAGCCAUGGCCACCUUUUUCAGACAGCAUUGAUUCAGCUAGUCCAUCGGUCCAUACCCAGCUAAGUAACCAGAACUCAUUGACAAGUACUGACUUUUAUGCGCAAGUGAGUGAUAUUACCCCAGCAGGCAGAGUUGUACUUUCACCAGGGCAGAAAUACAAGAUGGGGAGAGCUCCAUGUGAAGGCUGCACAGAACAAAACUUCACCAUGGACAAUGCCUACUUCUGUGAGGCAGAUGUGAAAAAAUGUAUUGCUGUGAUGUCCCAGGAAGAGGAUGAGCCACGUGUUCAGGAGCAAAGCUAUAAUGAGGAUGCUUACUUCACCACCGAGAGCCUUACCACUGCUGGUAUCAAUCUUGGAGCUUCAGCAGCAGAAAACCCAAGUUCAGAGAUGCCUGUCCCAGACUAUACAUCUAUUCAUAUCGUUCACUCUCCACAAGGCCUUGUGCUCAAUGCAACCGCACUGCCUGUGCCAGACAAGGAAUUCAACACGUCUUGUGGCUAUGUGAGCACAGACCAGCUGAACAAAAUCAUGCCAUAACUCUUCUUUGACUAGAUGUGCGCAGUAUUUCACAGCAGAGAGUCAGCUCGGGCUUCUGUGCUGAAACCAAAAUGAAGUCUAGAAGUUUCUCGUGGUUCUUAUCAUUUUAUCUGAAAUGUUGCAACAUAAAAUAGUCAUCAAAAUAUUCCUAUUGUGUUCUGUAAAUAUUAUCUGUGAAUUUGUCUUGAGACUGUUUUAAUAGCAGUGACUGUCUUGUUCUUGUGGGUGUUGAUUUUUGUGAUACUAAACAUUGAAAUCACUAUGUUUGAUGUACAGUAAAUCAUGCAUUUUGAUAAAGCUAAAAUUCAAGUGGUUUAAAGUCUAAGAAUUUAGUAAAAACCAUGCUGUUGGCAGAGAUCUUUAUAUCAGUAAUUGGGAACUGAACAUACAGGUGAAAAAAACAAGAAUAGCUUGAGUAAAUAAGACAUCUAUUUUGAUUUAUAUAAAUUAAUAAAAUAUAUUUUAAUAUUUUAGUC